AUGUUCGACAUGUUCAAGUCGAAAGAGCCCGAGCCGCCUGAGGAGCCCGAGAAGGCGAAGCCCAAGAUCUCUCUUGACGGGCUGAUGCAGGCGAACUCUCGCUCGAGCGAUGGACUGCCUGCACGUGGCCCCGUGAUGGCCAUGGGCGCGGGCGCGCCCAUGCUGGGUGACCUGAAGAAGACCAACUUCAAGAAACCGGAGGCUCAAUAUCAUGCGGAGGCAGGGGCUGCGCUGCAGUUUGAGCUGGAGGCGAACAAUUUCGACCUCGACGCCCGCGGCAAGUUCUUCGAUAGCGGCAGCGACAAGGAUGCGGAGUACGACAACCCAGGCUUUUUCGAGAACCUGAUGUCGGGUGGCAAGCUGCAGCGCGAGUACGACAAGCAGAUGCAGCAGAAGCGCAAGAAGUAGGGAAGAGCCAGUGUUUGCGUUGAGCGGGGUGCCCCAAGCCCACCGAAGGCCCACGCGCCACGCCCUACCCCUUCUUUGUUAUAAGCGGAUUUGCCGAGCGAGACUCGCACACACGGAACUCGACACUUGCACGGUCGCACAUCCUCCCCCCCACCGUAAAGUGGUUGCGAGAUUUUGGAUGAGAUGGUGCAGCCCCAGACAAA